AGCAUGUGUAUCCUAGAAAGCACCUUAUCUGUAAUUGAGUGUCCCUGUAAAUAAAAUCCUGCUAGACUCACCACUUUCUGCGUGCUUCCCGUAAGUAGAAGUGAAGCUUGGACUCGAGAGGAGGGAGGUGCAGGCAGGAGUUUUGCUGACUCCCUUAGAGAGACUCUUCCAAACCAGGAAUCUGUUUCGAUGGAGCUAAAUACUGCAGUUGCAGACAGGGUGACUUGCACGCCUGGAUAUACUUCUGAGAGAUCCUGGAACUGAAAUGAAAGUUCUCACAGUUCAUAGGGCUUAGGAUGGGUGUGGCAUGCCUCUCCUGAGAACUGGAGGCGUCUUGGCCACUGCUGGAGAAAGCCCCUUGUCACAGCAGACUGGUGGCAGCUGAUGGGUCCAGGGGCCUGUGAAAAUAGGGCAACCCCCACCUACCCUCAUCCUAUUCAAACCACCACAAGGUUCCAAGAGCCAACAGCCAGAAACAGGACAGGCUGCAGCCCGUUUUGAACCUUGUGUCCUGCAACCUGACCGCGUCGUGCCUGGGCUAAGGGAAUUUUCCUGGACUCUGGUCUGAGCUGAGAAUGUAAACAAGCAAAGGAGGGUCCCAGUCUGGGGCCAAAGACAAUCAGGAGCUGCCGAUCUGUUGCCAGGAAACUACUCCCCAUUCCAGCCAGUCUGGGGUCUGCUCAGCCGCUGGCUGAGUGCCUGAGGGGGAAGAGUUCUCUGCCUGUCCAGGGGCCACUCAGCCAGCCCACCAGGCAGCUGGAAGAUCAGGCUUUGCGGCUGUUGUUCUUGGCUACUGAUGGGCUUUCUGGAGGCUGGGCCAGGCUGGACUGGACUGAGUGUCAGAGGCUAGACUCAGUUGCAGAGUGUUUUGGGGGUGAGGACAGAUAGUGAGGUAGUCUUACUGCCUGGGGUCUCACCUACCUCUUUGGGAGGGCUAAGCCUGAGCUGUUUGCUACCAAAUGCCUUUUUCCUAUUAACUAAGCAUCCCGCCCAUCUGGGCAGGAAUAGGCUUAGGGCCUGACAAGCUGGGAGCCAGGCUCCUACUGCCAACAACCAUUCCACAUUUCUCUGGGAUGGAAAGAGCCCCUAGGAAGCCAGAGCCAGCCCCUCCCUGUUGAGCUCUGAAGACCGACACGCAAGGCAGGGAGCAGCUGGAGCAGUCUGCAGUGGAAAGUUGGAGCCCCAGUGCGUGCCAGGCGGAUGGAGGUGCAGAGAGACGCUGGGGAGAAGACUCGGAGGACCUGGUGGGGCAUGGCCGGGACAAUGAAGUUCCUGGCUUGGCUGACGGUAGCCAUUUGCCUCCUCCCUGGGGUGACUACAACCUACCACCGUGCAGGGCAACCCAUGGACAGCACCCGCGUGGGAGGUGGUCUGAAGGAGCCAGAGGCCCCGGAAGUGAUGUUCGAGCUGCUCUGGGCGGGGCUGGAGCUGGAUGUCAUGGGGCAGCUGCACCUCCAGGACGAGGAACUGGCAUCCACACGUCCAGGCCGCCGGCUCAGGCUCCUCCUGCAGCACCAGGUGCCCAAGGACUUGGAGGGCGCUGAGCAGCGGCUGCAGCAGCUCCAGGACCUGCGGAAGGGACCUCCUCUUAGCCCUUGGGACUUUGAACAUCUGCUCCUCACAGGCGUGUCCUGUGUCUACCGGCUCCAUGUGGCUAGCGAGGCCGAGGAGAAAGGCCGCUGGGCCCAGGUCUUCACCCUCCUGGCACAGGAAACACUCUGGGACCUGUGCAAGGGCUUCUGCCCCCAGGGCCAGCCCCCUUCUCUGGGCCCCUGGGCCUCCAUUGCUGACUCCCUCCCCUAACCCUCCCCUUUUGCCUGCCAUCCCUCCUUCCCCCUCUCCCCCCCACCCCCACCUGAGCCAGACCCACCUUUGGCAGGGGCUUCCAUCUGGCACCUGGUUCUUCCCACUGUGUUUGGGUCUCUGGGCUUGGCUUGUACCCUGGACCCCAGCCUACCCCUCCCCCAUCUUCUUCCCUGGGCCCAGGUUCUGGGUCCCGGACCCGCACGCCCAGACCUAAGGGCAGGACUUGCAGGCAGUGUGUGUGUGUGUGUGUGCUGGGGUCAGGGUUGAGAAGUGUGUUUAAGAAAGAGAUGCUGAAACGGAAGCUCCCAAGCAAGGCCAGGUCAGACCCUCCAGCUCCUACUCCGGCAGCCCGAGAGAGGCUGAAUCCCCAGGUAACUUCUAAGUGCCCAGGCUUAUGUAGACACCUCUUUGAAACCCAACCGAGGCUCUGGGGGUCCCUAAGUUGCCCAGGUAUCCCAUCUGGGCUAGGAGAAUAGACUGGACGUUUUUAGUUCAAUCUGUUCAAACAAUUGGGGGAAGUGGGUGGAAGAACAUUAUCUUUUGAGGGGCAGGGAAGUGAGAAAUGUUUUUUUGGUCCAUCUCAACAAGGCUCAGAGAACAGGGUGAGGCUGGGAGGAGACUGAGGCUGGCUGGAGUGGUCCUGACCCUGUGCUGUUCGUCCCAUAAAAUGUAAUGUUCUGGUCUCCUGGA